UCACCAACACAGAGCGAGAGAGAGAAAGGCAAAGUUCAGUCUGAGACAGCGAUCUGCUGUGAGCACGGUGCCGCACUCCGGGAUCUCCACACGGGACGAGAUGAGACGCGCGCGCAUUUAUGGUCUGGAACGGAAAUAAGCGGUAAAGGGUUUAACACGCGCGCGGUUUACUUUCAUUAUAACGACGUUGAUCGGAGAACUCUAAUGGAUCAGAAGUGAAGAAUUUCACCGAGGAAUGUUAUUUCCAAAGAUAAGACCACGAACAGUACAAGCAUACUUUGCAUUCAGAUCUAUUUGCUGAUAUGACUGGAUUAAAACCCAAAAACAUUUCACUCAUGUUACAUGUUGAUGACAUGGAGAACUUUAUGAACUUGUUUGACUGCUAAUGAUGUAUCGUGGAGUCUUUAAACGCCUUGCCAUGACCAUGGCAUGUCAUGUAACGGUCAUGGUUCUACUGUGCCAACUAGUAUCUGCUACGUUCUCACUGGAGAUCGGUGGUUAUGAUGGUGAGUGGGACAGACAGACAAAAUGUGAGCCAAUCACCAUUCCCAUGUGCCAAGGAAUCGGCUACAACAUGACACGGAUGCCCAACUUCAUGAAAUAUGACAGCCAAGAAGAGGCGAGUACAAAACUCAUUGAAUUUGCUUCUCUGGUGGCAUACGGCUGUGAUGUGCACCUCCGCUUCUUCCUGUGUUCCCUGUAUGUGCCCAUGUGCACAGACAAAGUGUCCAACACGAUCCCAGCAUGCCGACCUAUGUGUGAGCAAGCGAGGCAAAAAUGCUCUCCUAUUAUGGAGCAAUUCGGUUUCAGCUGGCCGGAUUCACUGGACUGUUCAAAGUUGCCAACCAUUAAUGAUCCUAAUUCACUGUGCAUUGAGGCUCCCGAGAAUGAGACGCAGCCUGAGACUAGGAGAGGGGAGGGCAUGCUGCCUGUGUUCACCAGACCCAGGCAGCCUGGCAGCGGGCAAGGUCAAUCAUCUGGGACUUGUGAGAACCUGGAGAAGUUCCAGUAUGUGGAAAGAAGCAAAUCAUGUGCGCCACGAUGCACCCCCAAUGUGGAUGUGUUCUGGUCCAGGCAAGACAAGGACUUUGCUUUCAUUUGGAUGGUCGUGUGGUCUACACUGUGCUUUGUCUCGACUGCGUUCACAGUCCUCACCUUCCUCUUGGACCCACAGCGCUUCCAGUAUCCCGAGAGGCCUAUAAUUUUCCUCUCCAUGUGCUACAACGUCUACUCUGUCGCGUUCAUCAUCCGCUCUGUCGCAGGCGCCGAGAACAUUGCCUGCGACAGGGAAAAUGGGCAACUUUACAUCAUACAAGAGGGCUUAGAGAGCACAGGUUGUACCAUAGUCUUCCUCAUCCUGUAUUACUUUGGCAUGGCCAGCUCUAUCUGGUGGGUUGUUCUCACACUUACCUGGUUCCUUGCAGCUGGCAGGAAAUGGGGGCACGAAGCCAUCGAGGCUCACAGCAGCUACUUUCACAUGAUCGCCUGGGGCAUUCCUGCUUUAAAGACCAUAAUCAUUCUCACCAUGCGCAAAGUGGCAGGUGACGAGUUAACUGGACUGUGCUACGUUGGUAGUAUGGACAUCAAUGCUUUAACCGGGUUUGUUCUCAUCCCUCUUUCCUGCUAUCUCAUUAUCGGCACCUCUUUCAUCCUCACCGGUUUCGUUGCACUGUUCCACAUACGCAAGAUCAUGAAAACCGAGGGCACCAACACAGAAAAACUAGAAAAGCUCAUGUUUAAGAUCGGAAUCUUCUCUGUCCUUUACACCGUCCCUGCCACUUGCGUGAUCAUCUGCUACUUCUACGAGAGGCUUAACAUGGACUACUGGAAGUUCCGCGCUCUGGAGAGCAAGUGCAGCUCUUUUCUCGGGCGUAGGGUUGUGGACUGUUCACUGGAGUCUUCGGUGCCCACUGUAGCUGUGUUCAUGCUAAAGAUAUUCAUGUCCUUAGUGGUGGGUAUUACCAGUGGAGUCUGGGUGUGGAGCUCAAAGACUCUCCAGACUUGGCAAGGCCUGUGCACGCGGAGAUUGUCAAUGAGAACGACACACAAACCCUGUCCUAGCAUCAACUGCAGCAGCACCCACUGUCAUUACAAAGCGACUGUAUUCCAUGCAAACAAAACUGACUCGUGCACAGACAGUCCCACAAGGGUUUGAGAAAUUCUUGUUGCAGUUUGGAUGUAAUUUGACAGAAUUUGUACAGCAAUUUAUAAGCAUUUAUAAGCUUCGGUAAGAGGAGAUGCAAUAAAGGCAACGACAUGUGUGACAGGUCGUGCACGGAUUUGUGGUGCAAAUGAAAUGUAAAUACAGACAUUUACACGUUUAAAGCUGAAAGGUUUAUUUAUUACGGCUAUUUAUGUAUUGCUUGGCACUGAAUGCACUAUACUGUACGUAUGAACAUACUGUAUGCUCUGAAUAGUGGGGUGUAAGAAUUUGGAUAUAUAUAUUGUAUAUUUAAAUAUUUUUUUUUUGGAUGAAAGAACAAUAAAAAUGAUCUAUAUUUUUUU